UCAUCACUGUUUGGGUUUUAAGGCGAAAACAAUGGCCUCGUCGCUCCGAGGGACGUGUUUUUGUCCAUACCUCGUAUCGGAAUGAUAGCGGUUUUGUUUUAGCUCAUCAGUUUUGCUCUAAAGCAGGGUCAGAUAUGCACCGUUUGUGUUAGCGAGUCUGUGUUUUUCUUGUUCGUCUCCCAGGCCUGGCCGCCGCUGCCUACACUGUAGCGGCGGGGUUGCUACUUUCGGAUGAGCGGGCAGUAGCUCUCGAAGAGGUGGGGUCUGAAAUUAGGCGAACACGAGUUGUAGGAUGGAUCCAGACGGUGGGGAAGAUUCACAAAAAGCUGUCAGUUUGCAGUGGAAGAGCUACAAACUCGUCCAGGACCCUGCUAUAAGGCGGGUUGCACAGAAAAUCUACAGAUAUGAUGGAGUGCAUUUCAGUGUGCCAGACUCUGGAUUUCCUCCUGUGGGGGAACUGCGAGAUCCAAGACCACGAAGACUAUGGUCCAGGUAUACAGAACUUUCCCUGCCAGUGCCGAAGUUUAAGCUUGAUGAGUUCUAUGUGGGUCCCAUACCCCUCAAGGAGGUGACGUUUGCUAGACUCAAUGACAAUAUCAAGGAGCCUUUCUUGGCUGACAUGUGUGCCAAGUUUGGUGAAGUUGAGGAGAUGGAGAUCCUGUUUCACCCCAAAACUAGGAAGCACUUGGGGCUGGCCAGGGUGUUGUUUACCAGCACCAGAGGAGCUAAGGACACUGUCAAGCAGUUGCACAACACCUCUGUCAUGGGUAACAUUAUUCAUGCCCAACUGGAUAUAAAGGGUCAGCAGAGGCAGAAGUAUUACGACCUAAUAGUUAAUGGGUCCUACACUCCCCAGACAGUGCCACUGGGAGGCAAGGCUUUGACAGACAAGCUCCCUCCUCCAGCUCCAACACAGCCACAGCCUGACACGUCAUCAGAAAUCAGGCGGAGGCUCUCCAGUGAACUUGCAGUUUUGGCAGCAGGGGUCCAGGCCCUCACAUCAGGAAGCGCUACUCCAUGCUCUGCUGACACCGGCUUUAGUGACCAGCGCUUGGACACACCUCCCUCCACCAUGUCUGGCCCCUUCACUCCAGGCUCCUCUACUUCGACUCAGAGUGGUGGAGGAACACCUUAUAGUUCCAGGUCUGGGACUCCUUUCUCUCAAGACUCGGGUUAUGCUGGUGGCAGACAUACUGCCUUCAACACUGGCACUUCUGGCAGUGGCUAUCCUCCCCAGGACAUGUUACCUUCCUCCUCCUCAUCUUCUGCAGUCUCAUCCACUGUUGGAGGAUACAAAAUGUCUCGCUAUCCUGAGGAUGCACAGGAGCCUUCAACUUAUCAUCGUGGUCGCCCUAUGUACCCCCCAACAGCAUCAUACCGUCCCAAUGAGCCACCAUGCUAUCCCCCAUACCCUAAUGUGGCAGGGCCUGGGCCACACAUGGGGCUUCACUCCUCAAUGCUCCCACCACCGCUUGCCACCCAAUAUGAUCAGCCCACAAUGUCAGAGAGGGACCGAGACCGUGACAGAGACUCAGUCGGGCGCUAUAGUGCAGGGGGGAUUAAUUCCAGAAGGUCAUCUUACCAUCACCAGCAGGACACAAACUUUUCCUCAAAGUAUCAUACCCAUCACUCCCAUCAUCAUUCAGAUCGCAGAGAUGACAGGGGGUACCGUCGAGACAGCCUGGGGUCUCGGUCAGGUGAACAUAGUCACCAAAGACACCGCAAUCACCACCAUUCUCACAACCACCAUGGCAGCAGCAGUCGAAGAAGGAGCAGCCAUGACCGGGACAGAGAUCGGGACAGAGACCGAAAUCGGGAUAGAGAUGGUGACUACCCCAACAGCUCUGACCCUAGAUACAAUUCCAACUCUUACCGCUCUUCUUCUAACAGCAUGUCUCCCCCACCCUCAUCUUACUCUGCGUACCCCUCGUCCAAAGAACCCACCCCAGCCCCUCCGCAGGGAAUGGACGCUUCCACCCAUCAAGGUGGCACAAGCCUCGCCGAGAGAAGCUCUCUGCCUUUGGCAGGCGCUGACAAAGACUUGCAGACUGGUCAUCCCAGUGCUCUGCCUCCACCUCCUCCCCCACCACCGCCCCUACCACCAGCCUCUGUUAUUGCAGCAGCUGUAGCUGAGACUCUUGGAACAAUGGACUUUAGCCAAGAUAGUCCAGCUCGGGAAGAGCAGUGGACAAAGCCCAAACGCCGUCCGAGCACCCCACCAGCACCUCCAAAGACGCCGCCACCUUCCUCUCCGCCCCACCCCGCCAUAACGUCCUCCUCCACCUCCCCUUCGUCCACCUCACUCCCCCAUCACCUUCCCUCUUCCUCCAGCUCCCCUCAACAUCCACAACGUGACUCCUCCUCACCAGAGCCAGAUUCCACCAAUGAGAGUCUACCGUUUGCCUACCAUAGUAGUAGCCUUGACUCACGUAUUGAGAUGCUCCUAAAGGAACAGAAGGCAAAAUUUUCUUUCCUUGCCUCUGAUGAGGAAGAUGAGGAGGAGAGGAAAGAGGAGAAGCAGAGGGGUCCACGUGGGGAUAGAGGAGAGGGAAGAAGUGGGUCAGGUCAUGUAACAGCGGAGCACACUGGUGGUAAUCAGGUGGGAGACAAUGGGGAAAAGGACCACAGAAGGAAAGGGGAGAGAGACAGAGGAAAUAAAAGGGGAAAGGGAGGAGAGGGUCGGAAAAGUCCCACUGUACUUAACACGAACACACCAUCCUCUUCUACCUAUUCUCCGCACAUCCCACCUCCAGAAGAAACCCAGUCCCAGGUUGCUCUUGAUGGUCCUGGAACUCUGCAGGAGGAGUCUUCACAGGCCAGAUCAGCUGAGACACGGAACAGGGCAGGAGCACACACACCACCUUAUAAUGGGCAAAGUCAGUCCUCCCCUCAUUCCUCAGGGGAAGACAUGGAAAUAUCAGAUGAGGAGGAGGAGGAGACCACCAUAACAACAGUGACGACCCACCAGCCCUCACUCACCUCAGGUUCCUCACCCUCUUCAUCCCAGGCUGCUAUGCCUUCACAGACAGCUGACCCUUCAUCUUCACCCGCACCCAUCUCUGACUCUGCACAGCACUUUGGCACCUCCAUGCACCCUCCCAUACCCUCCUACCCUCCUCAUUUGCCUCCUCCUCCCCCUGGAUAUUCCCUCCAACCCCCACCUCCCCCAGGGAUCCCUCCAAUUCCCCACAUGGAGCUCCACCCUGAAUAUGCUCCUCCCAUGCCCCAUCAUAUGUAUGACUAUGCCACCUCUAUGGAGCUAAUGAAUCAGUAUAGCGGCGGAGCUCCUAUGUCUUUCCAAAUGCAGACACACAUGCUAAGUCGCUUACACCAGCUACGAAUGUCAGCAUCCAAUGGCACUCCAAGCCCUGGUGAGGCAGCCACUGCUGAUUACCCCUCAUACCACCUCCAUUCUAUCCCACCAACCCACACACACCACCCCUACAUGGACCAAGAUGGUAGUGGGGCGGGUGCUCAUUACGACCAGGACCACCGCUACAUGCCCCCUCAUAUGCCUUACCCCUAUCCUGACCCCCACAGCACUCAGAUACCACCCCUUCCACACCAUGGCAUCCCACCCCCUCAUACUGGCUGGCCUCCACAUGUCUUACCACCACACUACCCCUCAUACAUGCCCCCACCUGGCUAUGGCACCAUACUUCCCGGGGAAGGAGAGGAGUAUAGGGCUCCAGGGGAGGAGAUGCCUAUACUGGCUGAUAAUCCACAUGAGGCCACAGUGCAGAUGGUCCUGGCCAAUUUAAUUCAGGAAAUGAAGAACAUCAUGCAGAGGGACCUGAACCGCAAGAUGGUGGAAAAUGUUGCCUUUGCAACCUUUGAUGAGUGGUGGGAAAGGAAAGAGACUAAGGCCAAGCCCUUCCAGACAAUGGUAAGAGGGGUGUCUGCGAUACGGGAUGAAGAAAAGAAAGAGGAAAAGGUCAACCGUCCACGGGAGCCUCACACAUCUCUGGUGGACUGGGCAAAGAGUGGUGGCAUGGAGGGCUUUUCUCUCUGCGGAGCGUUACGACUGCCUUCCUUCAAGGUGAAGAGGAAAGAACCUCUGGAGCUUGAAGAGGGAGACAUGAAAAGGCCACGACCCUCAACCCCACCAGAUGAGGAUGAUGAAGCUGCUGAUAGGAGAAUGCAACAAGUGGAUAGGCAUGGAGCUGAAAGGGACAACAAAAGGAGGAAAAAGAAGCCAAGAAAUCGCAAACCGUGGGAGCUCGACAGCGGGGGAGAGGAAACAUCAGAUGGUUCCUCGACUGAAAAGGAGAAUGAGGAAGAAGAAAGUGAGAAGGAGUCUGAUGAUGAUGCCCUUAGUGUUGAUAGUGAUGAUGAGAGCCUCUCCUCAUCCUCUGAGGGCUCUUCAUCUUCAGCAUCCUCAUCUUCAUCUUCGUCUGAGGACGAAGAGGAAGGGGAGAGGGCUGAGAGUGGACCAGACAGCAUGGAUGAGUCAACCAUGGACAGCACAACAGAGAAAGAGUAUAAUGGGGAAAAUAAUGCAGCUGCUGUUCCAAGGGCAGAUGUCAAAUCAGGUGAAGCCAAGGACAGCAAAGCAAAUUCAGCUACAGCACCUACCAAGCGGCCACCAUCGCCACCAUACCCACGUCCUUCAUCCCCCGUUGUACUCUUGCCCCCUCUCAAGAAACGCAGGAAAACAGUCUCUUUCUCCACAGAUGAGAAUGACAGCAAAAUGCAGCUGCUAAAUGCAACACUAUCUUCAUCUCCCUCACAAGCAGUGGGUGAUUCUCUCCUCCUGUCUCCUGGCGGGCUUCAAGACUUGCCUAGUACUACCGCCCAAACCUCCUCUAAUCGUCCCACUCAAGGCAUCCAGCUGCUUCCCUUUGCCUCAAAACCAGGUGAAGGCAACGCCCUCAUUGUGCCUCCACCUGGAAGAACUCAAGAUUCUGAUGAAUCCAAAAAGGGACCCUAUGUUUCUCCCCAGACCACCCCUGUCAAAUCCCCUGGCAAACGAGGUGCAGGCAAAGACUCCCCGAAAUCUUCCACUCCUCCUGUUAUGGUGUGCCGCACUGUGCAGAACCUGCCAUUGGAUCAUGCCUCUAUGUGCAGGAUGGCCUUUGAGGAGGCUCCUCCUCCACCUCCUGUUAGUAAACGGUCCAGAGGCAGACCUCGGACAACCAGCUUGUCCGCAUCAUCCUGUCACUCUCUCAGAGAGGAAGAUGAGGACGAGGAAGAAAGAGAACAGAGGUUAAGACUCAGAGAGCAGCUGGGGGCAUCCAGCCUCUUGCAGCUGGCUUCAGCUUCAACCACUGAUUUGUCUGUGUUGGCUGAUGUGGCCUUGAAAAUGGACCAUGAUGCUGGGGAUUCGGAGGAGACGGAGACAUCUGAUGAGGCAGAGGAGCAGAAGAUGGAAGAGCAUAUCUUUUCUCCAGAGUCAUUGGCUUUGGUUAUGAAUCCAGAGGGUAUAAUUGUCCUUCUGGAGCACAACUACACCAAACCCCCUGUUCUCCCUGCACCACCCAGUACCAAAAGGACUCCCACCAAACAAGACUCUUCUGUCUUGCUCCCAGCAGAUCUCAACAACAUCUCUGGCGUGCUUGAGGCGCCAGAGGAGGUUAUUGGAGAGGCAUUAACAUCCAGGGGAGAUGCAGGGGAAUCCUUGUCUGCAGUGGGGCUCCCCUCUGAGUCUGAGGAUGUGGCCCAGGCUGUAACGCCAUCAUCAAAGAAGAAGAGCAUGAUUGUCAAGGGUUAUGAACAUGAAAAAGAUGAAAGCAAAAAGAAGAGAAGAAAAGACAAGGAAAACAUUGAGGCCCUUCCCACAAAAAAACAGGAGCAGCCAGGCAAGAAACAGAAGAAGCGGAAGCUAGAGGAGUCAGAAUUAGAAGAACAUGUGGACGUGGAGGAGCUUGAGUCUGGCGAGCUCUCAAGCUCAGACACGGAGGAUGAUAUUAUCGAGGAGGUGAGGAAGAGCGAGCGUCUCUUUUUGCAGGAGGCGGGCAUAACGUCUUCCCAACGCUCGAAGAAGCCGGUUCCAGCACCUGAGCCUCCUCCAGCCCUGAAGUUUGAUAUACGCAGUGAGUUUGAGCAGAUGACCAUCUUGUAUGACAUCUGGAACUCGGGUCUGGAUGGGGAAGACUUGACGUUGCUGAAGAAGACUUAUGAGAAGCUGCUACAGGAUGACCACAGCUCUGAUUGGCUCAAUGAUACUCACUGGGUCAGCCACACUGUGACCAAUUUGCCGAACCCGCGACGUAAGAAAAAGAGUACAGAUAGUCAGCUUCGUGAGCAUGUGACUGGUUGUGCCAGAAGUGAGGGCUACUACGCCAUCAGCCGCAAAGAGAAGGACGUCUAUCUGGACCUGGAUCUGCCCGAGCAAGUGAUACGAGAAGUAGAGAAUGUUGACAUCUCGGGAGUAAACCGGGUGCUAUCGGAGAGACGGUCAGAGCAGCGGCGACUCCUCACAGUUAUAGGCACCACAGCAGUCAUGGAUUCUGACCUGCUGAAACUCAACCAGCUUAAGUUUCGCAAAAAGAGGCUUCGCUUUGGACGCAGUCGGAUCCAUGAGUGGGGGUUGUUUGCAAUGGAGACCAUUGCUGCUGAUGAGAUGGUCAUUGAGUAUGUGGGUCAGAAUAUCAGACAGAUGGUGGCCGACAAUCGAGAGAAGCGGUACGCACAGCAGGGCAUCGGGAGCAGCUAUUUGUUCAGAGUGGACCACGACACAAUUAUUGAUGCCACCAAGUGUGGCAACCUGGCACGAUUCAUCAACCACUGCUGCACUCCAAACUGCUACGCCAAGGUCAUCACCAUAGAGUCUCAGAAAAAGAUUGUGAUCUACUCGAAGCAGCCCAUUGCCAUCAAUGAAGAAAUCACCUACGAUUAUAAAUUUCCCCUGGAGGAGAACAAGAUCCCUUGCCUGUGUGGAACAGAGAACUGCCGUGGAACACUUAAUUAGUGGACGCAUUUCUCUCCGUCACCUUGCCCUUCCACCCUAGUUUGCUCUCACCAUACCUAGGAAACUGAGACACACACUCUUGCACUUUUCAUGCCCACUUCAUUCUCUUGGCAGUUUCACAAGCCAGCAUGUGGCAGGGUUGGGUAACCUGUACUAUGACUGGGCCUCUGCUUCAGCAUUACAUCUUCUGUGGCAGUAUUGGGGGACUUGUUUAGGUCAUAUGUUCCACACAGUCAGGCAUGAAAGGUUGUUGUAUUGCCAUGCCAACAAACAGGAAACAGAAUUGUAGGAAGACAAUGAAAACUGAGAAGAAAAUAAAACCAACAAACACCAGUAUUUUAUGCCUAAGCCUGGGAUCACCCUUCCUGUUUCAAAUCCUCCGUGACCCCACCCCACAAAUUCGCACACAGACGCACAGGAAUAUCUUGACAAAUUCAGGGUUUUUAAAAGCGCUUGAGGAAGGCGCACUUUUCACAUGACAAACUUCAAUCAAUUUGGUCUUCAGUUAUGCAAGUUUUCCAAAUGUGAAAAUAGUUUUUUUUUUUUUUUUUUUUUUAAUUUUAUUUCAUGGUAUGAUAAAUAUAUUAUUGCUGUUUAUAAAUGGUAUUAUUAUUUAGUUCCAUUCGCUGUAAGAAUCUUACAGUGAAAUAAGCUUCAGUGUACAUACCCACUGUCCUUAGUGGCUUGUGAUUCACCAGCCCCAAAAACUGUUGCUUCACUGUGUUUUGUCACAACAUUCAGUCCGUAAGAGAGCAAAGUCCCUGGAACUACUGUUUUUAACCCAUCAUCAGAAUAUAUAUGUCAGUUGUGUUCGCACUAAAAACGUGUUUGUUUUUUGUUUUUUUUAUAUAUGGCUGCUGAAUUCUGUCUAUAGGAUCAGCACAUCCAAAAUUACCCUGUUGUGUGUUUCCUUUUUGGCUGUUCCCCCCAUUUUUGUUUUAUUGAGCAGGUGUCAUUUCAUGGUGAAAAUGUUUCUAAUGUCUAACUCGGUCGCUGUGUGUGCUACAAGUGUUUUUAAAAUGCACAUUUGUUUCCUUAGGUCAGGUUCAUCUUUAUUCCUGCGUUUAACUUGUCUUUCCCGAAUGAGUGUGUAUUUUAUUUAAGUGUGGAACAAAAAACACCCCUUUCUCAAACAUUUUAACAGCUGAAGUCUGUUUGCAGUGUCGAUGGAUGGAAGCUAUAAAUUGUUUGUGCCUGUUCAGCCUCGGCAGGUUUGUGAUUCGCUGCACACAGAUGGAUGUCUAAGGCCCCUGGGUUGUUGUCUCUCUGUUUUUUAUUUAGUCAUGGCCGUCCAAAGGUAAACUUUUAACUGGCAGAAGAGUUCUUUUUUAUUUUGUUCCCUCCCAAACAGGUAAACAAUUAAGAUAUUUCUUGUAAUGAAAGCCUUUCAGUACAAAACAACCCUCUUUACUACAGGAUAAAAAGACGAAAGGAAAAAAAAAACAAGUCAAAGAAGUACAUGUAAAUAUUGUAGAGGUGUUUGUUUCUCGUAGAAACACACUGAUUCCAAGCUGUAAAUAUGUUGUUCCUUUUCCUCUCUCUGAGGAGGAAACAUGUACAUAUCUUCCAUUCAUUUAUUUUUUUUAUUGUUUUUCCUUUUAAGUUGAUUAUUUUAAUAUUAUUUGCAAUAUUUCUCUUGUAUUAAUGCGUUGGACCCUUUAUUAAUGGUGCAUUAAAAUAUUUUUUAAAUAAA